UUUUAGUUUUGUAGAUGGGGCACGUGCCCGUGUACCCCAUAGCACGAGCCGCCACUGAUUUUUAGAUAUUAUUUAGGGAAUUCAAAUACGGGCCCCAAUUAUUACACAAGAGUUGCAGAUUAAAAAGUAAUUUGUAGGUACCUCACCUACAAGCCUACCUUUUCGAUAUAUUGUUACGUGCAUUGUGUUUUACACGACUGAUAAUUAUACGAUUUAGAUUAAUUUUCAUGUUGGUUCAGCUGACCCAUGGCAGAUAGUAGCCAGUAAGUACUAUACUAUCGUAGAUACACCACAAGUACACAGCACAACCACCAAUUUUCGGACCAGUAGUAGCUUCUCUUAUUCUUAUAAGAACCCACCCCUUGACUCCUCGGCCCUCACCUAAUCACGAUACACCUCCUCUAACUUUGAUUCAUUACCGACCAACAAGUGUGACAUUUAUAAUUCUAACGACCUUGACUACACCUUCGGUACGUACUCGUGGCGUGUGUCUCAUGGGCCACCGAGUUUCACGAUAGCUAUAGCUUUAAUACCCAUUAACAUAUUAAUGAAAGUUUACGAGAUGUCCAAGAUACGUUCUUACCUUUAAAUUCGACAAUAGUUGACCUAUUCAGUAUUCACUCUAAAUUCUAAUCAUGAACUAAGAUAUAUCUUAGUUCAUGAUACUAAUACAUAAAGUUGUGCAACCCUAAACAGAUUCUGCUGGAGUGAGUGCUGAACGCAAAUUCGACAUGUUGUAUAUCAUUGUGUUUGUGAGACGGUGGGCAAGUGGCAACAGUAUGACGUUUACCGUAUUAUAACUAUUGUUAUAUUUUGUGACAUUGUCAACACAAUUACAUAAGUCAUAAACUCAUAAAUAUACCAUACGCAUUCCGCGUGCGGCAAUGGUAUAUAAAACUACAAGACACACAAUCAAUAAUUGAAUUAUUCAAAAACAGUUUAUGUGUCGCGGUUUUUCCCCAAACGAAGACGUUAUGAUAAUCAGGAUAAAAUAAUAUGAUUCAAUGACUGUGUUUACCAGACUAAAUUGAAAAUAGAUAUUUAUACAUUUGCUUUGGGCCACGAGUUCGCGAUGUCCGCGUUGUCGACCUGCACCAAUAAUCGGCGUCCCGUCCCCGUCCCCACCGCUGUUCGGUAUUCAAGUCUUUCAAUAUUUAUGUUUUUGUCGGCACUCGUCGGUGAUCGCCAAACGCCAAUCAGAGUCGUUGCGCCGCGCCGAUCUGCGACGCUGCCGAGAUCGUUCCGUCGAUCGUCAGGCACCUAACCGACGAAGUUCGAUUUCCUUAAACGCAAUAGCUAAUAUUAUUUGACACGCCAUUAAGCCAUUUAGUAUUUACUAUUCAGUCGCGAAUAUGGACGGGUCGAUGUUGUCGUUCGUCCUAAAGCAUUUGCCUGACGACUGGGACACCGAUGUCGCUUACACAUCGAGCCAUCUGUUGCGCACGUUAUCCAGGACGAGAAACGCCGGUGAAUACCAGUCGGUCGAAACUAUGUUCUACGGAGCAAACAUAAGUCAAAUUAAAAGGGUGCAGAACCCGUUCCAAUACGGAAGAUACAUGUUACGCCGUGAGAUGAUAAAUUCGGCUUAUGAAACAACUGUUUUUCAUGGAGUCCAUAAAGAUGAUUUAAAUACUGCAUUGAAAUUUAACUGUGACUAUAGACGUUAUACAAGAAAACGAGAAGGGAUAUAUGAAAACUCUCAACAUCCAAUGUUUUACCAUUCAUUCUCGGAUUUGUUAAACAAAACUAUACAUCCUAUUUCAGACAUUAAUGUCUUAGUUUUAAAAAUAAUGACUAAUACACCAAAAACGCAAUGUGAUUAUUAUAUUCAGUAUGUUGUUAAAUUUUGAUUUAUUUUUUAAAUUAAAAAAUAAGAUUUUAAUUGAUUAAUUUAUUUUUGGUUAACUACUGUUGUAAACAUAUUUUCCUUUUAUUUACAUUUUCAAAAACAUAAAAUAUGGUUUCACUAAAAUAAUUAGACCAGCGUAAUUAACACAAAUCAAAGAUCUUUUAAUUAAGUGUCUAUGAUGAAAACAUUUUUACCUAGUGUACUUCUUGUAUUAUAAUUAAUUUAAACUUUAACCUAAUA